AUGUACAGUGAAAUACAAAAUAUGCUUAACGUCAAUUCCUCUCAGUACGAUAUGGAAUUGGGAUUUUUAUUUCAAAAGCAUUCAACAAUUUCGAUUCCACCUUUGAAAGUUACUUUUGAAGCGCAAAUAAAGCAUCUAAUUCAAUUGAACCAAGGUCGAAAGACGACUCCUAUUUGCGUAAGUUUGUUGAAGAAAAAUGUCAUCGAGGGUGAACACGAAGUUUUUGAUGGAGAGGAUCGUAAUGAGAAUGAUUUUUGGGAUACUGUUGAGAUUGUUCGGGAGGAUGAUGUGGUUAUUCCUGGGGCAGUUGCUACUCACCAUGAUGUCACCGUUACACGAAGAAUUUACGAGGAAGUUCAAGACAACGAGGAUGAAAGGCCAUUUACAAAUCAGGAUUUGAUUGCUUUAUCCAAACAGAGACAUGAGUCUGGUGGGAGCUCACAUGCUGGGCCGAGUACACGGUCUUCUAAUUGUUCUCGUGUAGUUCCUGAUGAUGAAGAUUUACAUGUCGAUCAAUUGUUUGACACGAAAAGAGAUUUGCAAGAAGUCGUGUACCGAAUUGCAAUGAAACAUAAUUUUGAGUUUAAGGUAAAAAAAUCAAACAAGUUUACAUACACAAUUAUUUGUGUGGACAACAAUUGCAGUUGGCGUUUGAGUGCGACAAAGAUGGACACAAAUGAGUUCUUUGUUGUUCGUAAGUAUGCGCGGGAACAUACUUGUGAAGUGGGUAUUCAUCUAAAUGAUCACAGGCAAGCUCGAUCAUGGUUUAUUGUUCAACAGAUAAUGCACAGGUUUCAGGACCUACGGGCGAUUUACAGACCUACAGAUAUCAUCAACGACAUCCGUCAAGAGUAUGGGAUGGUUAUGAGUUACCAGAAGGCCUGGAAGACUAAAGAAUGUGCAUUGGAAGAUUUAAUGGGUUCGACAGAGGAGAGUUAUGCCAAAUUGGCCAGGUAUUGCCACAACAUGGUGAGAACUAAUUCUGACUCGACGUUUUUUAUUGAAACCGAUGGGCAGAAUCGCUUCAAAUAUGAAGGAAAGUUGAUUAUUGCUACUUGUCAAGAUGCCAAUAUCCAAAUUUAUCCUCUUGUAUUUGGCAUUGUCGAUGGAGAGAAUGAUCUAGCAAUGCGUUGGUUCUUCACGAAGUUGAGAGAAGUAAUUGGGAACAUCGAGAACCUUGCAUUUGUGACUGAUCGGGGGCAGUCAAUAAUAAAUGGUAUAGUCGAAGUUUUUCCAGAAGCACAUCAUGGUUAUUGCAUAUACCGCAUUCAGGGCAAUCUGAAAACUAGGUACCGGGGCAGUGGCAUCGUUGCAUUGUUUAGGAGAGCUGCAGAAGCUUACAGCUUUGAAGAGUUUACGAAGUUCAUGGGCGAAAUAGAACAUAAAUCAGAAAGUGCAUGGGAAUAUCUAUCAGAUAUGGGGGUCGAACAUUGGGCACGGUCACAUUUUCCAAGACGUCGAUACAACAUGAUGACGUCGAAUAAUGCAGAGUCGCUCAAUGCAUUAUUCAAGAAGGAUCGAGAUGUGCUAGCUCCGGCACAGGACGAUCGACUAUUCAAAACUCUGGAAGUGGUAAAAGCUCUAUUUGUGGAACAACUAGAUCAAUUUCGCUUCUCCGUGAGAUGCGGGCGUAAUGUUGGAUACAUUGUAGACUUGAAUGACAAUACCUGCACGUGUAGAAAAUUUCAGUUGGAAAGUUUUCCAUGUGCACAUGCUGUCGCAGUGGCUAUGUAUAGAGGAUUUUCACCACACAAUUUGUGCAGUUAUUAUUAUAUGACUGAUUUUUGGAGAGCAGCGUAUGCCGAAACUAUAUUUCCUCUACCAAAUGAAGCCGAGUGGGAAGUUCCUGAUUAUAUUGUAGCACUUGAUAAUUUGUUGCCACCUGAAGCUCCACCGCGUACUCCUGGUCGUAGACGGAUGUCUAGAAUACCAUCUACAGGAGAGUUUCCACAACCGCGUAAGUGCGGGAGGUGCGGCGCUACAGGACAUACACGUCUAUUUUGUACAAGUCAGAUUCCACUAAACAAUGACUCGACGGAUGUAUAG